UCGCGUUAUCUGUCGCUACUUAGAACAUAACCUUACAGAAUGCUCAAACUAUUUUAAUUAAAGUGUAAAUAUGUGGCCUUUUUUAAUAAGAACUCUAAGACAUUACGCACCUGUCAUUACAUUGCCCUUUGCGGCGCUGAUAGGUAUCAUAGGUUAUAAUUUAGAAAACAUUUUAUCAGAUAAGUACACACCGUAUAAUGAGUCAAUUAAAGAGUCACGAAGUGAUAGGUUAAUCACUAGUGAGAGCCUGGAUUCAGCCGCAAAUGUGGAAAAGCUUCGCUACAAAGCUAAUGUGUUGGGUACCAAUGUGUCACCUUCAUUAGAAAAAUAAAUUUAACAGCUAUGUGCCUGUGAUGCUGUAAUUUUGAUUAGUUGCACGUAAGGUAUUGUAAACCAAGCUUUAAAAGUGGCAACAAUGUGUGGGAGAAUUAUUCGUUAAAAAAACGAAUAGUUAUAACAAGUUUACAAGUUAAAUUUUCUUAAAUUAAUUGAAAGCACAAGAUAGCAUUUU